GCCGAAACUAGGAGAUCCCUGUUUUGAAGCAUGGGAUGAAGAAGAUUCUAUGAUAAUGGCAUGGUUGUGGAAUUCUAUAACUCCUAAGAUUAGCGACACAUGUAUGUUCUUGGCUACGGCUAAGGAUAUUUGGGACGCAAUCCAACAAACGUAUUCAAAAGCUAGAGAUGCGACUCAAGUAUAUGAGGUUAAGGUGAAGACAAUUGCUGUAAAACAGGGAAGUAAAACAGUUAUUGAAUAUGCCAAUCAAUUGAAAGCUUUGUGGCAAGAAAUUGGUCAUUAUAGGGUGAUAAAAACCAAAUGUCCUGAGGAUGCCGUUGUUCUAAAGGAUUUCAUUGAACAAGAUAGAGUCUAUGAUUUUCUUGUUGGGCUUAACCCAGAAUUUGAUCAAGUGAGAAUCCAGAUUCUUGGCAAGCAGGAGGUUCCACGCUUUAAUGAGGUGGUGGCACUGAUUUGAGGCGAGGAAAGCUGAAGGAGUGUUAUGCUUGAACCACAAACCUUGGAUGGAUCAACCCUAGUUGCAAAAACAGAAUAUUCAGAGCAAGGAAAGAAUGAUCUGCCUAAACACUUAGGUAGAGACAAUCAGUGGAAGGAGAACAAGGACAAUCUCUGGUGCACCUUUUGCAAGAAACCAAGGCACACAAAAGAGAAGUGUUGGAAGCUGAAUGGUAAACCACCAAGUCGUGAAUGGGGAAACCGUGGAGGGCAACAAAGGCCUCAAGCACACAUGGUAGAGCAACCCAAAAUUGAGGAAAAUUCAGCAACAGGCGGGUUCAAUAGUGAAGAAAUGGAGAAGCUGAGAAGCUUGUUGGGAUCCCUUGACAAACCUACUGGAACUUGUUCUUUGGCUCUUUCAGGAACAAGGCUCGGGGAGGAUGAUUGGACUUGCUAAGGAUAGGAGCGGUCUUUACCACCUUGAAUCAUCUAAAAAAACUAGUAAUAAUUUGUCGUUAUCUUUUCUCAGUUCCUCAAAUAAAGAUACCAUUUGGUUGUA